UGUAUGGAGUGUACCGAAACUUCUUAAUUUUAAGUCUCGAUUCAAUUACGGAAAAAGAAGGAUCGUCGAAAUGUCAAGAUUCGUAAUAAUUCUCUGGGCUUCCGUUCUCAUCGCUUCGCAGGGAAUGGCUGCCGAUUUGAAAAAUCCAGAUCAUGACACUGUUAUUCGUCUGAUCAAUUAUUCAAUCACGAUCAUAAACGAAGGCUUCAAGGUAUUCAAAGAACGAGUGAAACAUCGGAGUCAAGAAAGUAAUCGAAUCCAAUUGGAAGUUACUAAAGAGUUUACACAAAACAUAUCGGUUAAAGUUAACAACACGUUUCUCACUAUUCGAAGGUCGAUGAACACUACGAAAGAGGAGUCAAUUGAAGAAGAUAAAUGCAGAAAAUGGCGUUCUGAUUAUCACGAGGCGGGAAUAAAAUUAUUGGGAAAUUUGAGUUCCUGUAUCAAAAGUGCAAUGGACAAGGUGGCCAAUCCGGUGGAACGAAUCCACGGGAUAGCCUACGAAAAGAUAAAAGCUCUGAGGCAGUUUAAAGCUACCGUACGUUUUUGUCAUGAAUCGGAAUCUGAUUGUGUUGAUGACAGUGAAGUCGUAAAAAGCAUUUUUUACUGGUUCAUCAUACACACCCUUGAAGAUUUUGAUGAUUUUAUGCAAGCAACUGGCAGAUCCAGCAUUGUAAAUGCCGUGUAUAAGAGUCCCUUGUACGGUGACUUCAUCGAAAAAGAAAACAUUGUUUUUAAGCAUACGGAGUGUGCGUUGGUCAUCUCUUAG